UGCCCCUAUGGAUAUCUGCUGGAAUGUACCGGUGGCCAUGGCUGCUGCAGCAUUCUUUGUCUGCAUGCCGUGGUCGUGGUUUGGCCUCUUAUUCGUGUUCUUCAUGGAGAAGUUCGACAUCACGAGGGAGAUGGCGUCCUGGCCAAAAAGCACCGCUUCCAUGCUCAGCCACAUUUCAGGACUGGCAGUCUACGCUCUUCAGCGAUGCAGCAAAACCUACUAUAUCGUGUUGUUGAGCACCAUUCUUUCUUCAGCAGCUUUUAUUUUGUCAGCAUUUGCAUCCAACAUAUGGUGGAUGACCAUGACAGUUGGCGUGAUGCACGGCUUGGGUCAUGGAAUCUUCGUCACGUCGUCCUCCGUGUACACGCUUAUUCACUUCGAGAAGUACCGCGCCAUUGCAACGUCACUAGGCUUCAUUGCCUACGGGGCAUCGGCAAUCGUCAGCCAGUUUGUGCUGGCUUACCUCGUGGAACAUUACGACGUCGAUGGGGCUCUGCUCGUCUACGGCGCAGUGCUGCUAAACUCUACCGCCAUUGUUAUGCUAGCGAAGAACCCUCGCGCACUCAAAUUUUCUUGCAAAGCAAGAAAGUCACAACCUCUGCUGAAAGCGGACCUCGACCCAAGACAUUAUGAAGCUACAACGGACCCCAACGCUACCCAACAAAGCCCAGACGAACUACAAGGCCCACAUUUACCGGAAAGGAAGAUACUGUUGGAGAGCUGUUCUCUAACGCAAGCUUUGGCGCUGUUCUACACGCCAGCGUUCUACGUUCUUCUUGUGACUGUAGUUGUCGGAGAUUACACGAAUCUGGAAUUCUCGGCGACCAUCGUGGACUACGGGAUCGACAAAGGCAUAGCUCUGGACAGCGCCAAACAUCUCAUUACCUUCAGUGCAAUUGGCCAGCUUGUGGGCCGUGUGGUGGUGCCGCUUCAGGCAGACUUCUCACCCUUCACACGCCGACUUCUGUACACCCUUAGCUUUCUGGCCCUUUGUUCCUGCAUGGUGGCAUUGCCGUAUGUUUCUGCCCCUGGGACCAUUUUUGCGUUGGCAACUGUGGCAGGAGCGUCACAUGGGCUACGUAAUAUGCAUCAAGUACGUGCUGCUCGCGGAAUACCUUGGCGUCGAACGGACGGCUGCUGCUAUCGGCCUCAUCGGUAUCUUUAUGACGCCAGUGUUCCUAGUCAGCCCAACAAUUUUAGGACAGUUUCGUGACGUUGCUGGAUCGUACGAUGGCUACUACCUGCUCAUGGGCGCCAUCAGCUUGGUGGCCGCUGUGCUCUUUGCGACACACGAUGCCUGCAGACAAAGAAGGACACAGUGGACACACUGCGUUAAAAAGAAGCCUCCUACACACGAAGAAAUAUAACUAUUUUGCAACAAAAAGUGGAGUCUUUCUUUGCUCUGGUACCCGACUCCUUUUUAAAGAGUAGG